AUGUCACAGGACGAAAAGAACCAAGUCCAGAAAAUUCUACAGACCUAUGAUGUUGACAUUUUCCCAAUUAUGGAAGCAAAACUUUCGGAUGACAAAAUGAAGUACCACCAAUUCCCAGGUUACACCAUGUACAAUCUACCUAAAUACCGGCAAGUUGCAAGUGGAAUUCUGGCUGAAGUAAGAGAUGGCCUCACCUCACAUUACGAUCUAAUCAAGAGUAUGGGCUCGACACAAGACAUAUGCGAAAUAAUCAGAUUAAAUGUUUGGAAAUGUCAAAACCAAUUCAAGAUAUAUGCAUUUUAUAAUCCACCCCAGAAUUGUCCCAACUUUGACAUUCUCUGUAAUCCACCCCAGAAUUGUCCCAACUUUGACUAUCUGAACCCCACCCCAGAAUUGUCCAAACUUUGA